UUCUGCAGAAACUUUCUCAGCAGAGGAGUUCCUCCUGCAGCAGGCAGGAGUUAUUGUGAGUGGUGUGGAGGAGUGAAUGGGGAGUUUCCUGUAUCGCUGGGCAGAUGUUCCAGUUGUGGAGGAGUCUGAAGCUCUCAGUCAUCGGAAAUGCAUCACUUCAGCUCAGCAGGACGACCAGUGACUCACACCGUUCCUGACCCCAGGCUAUAAACCCCACUCUGGGACACGCUAGAGCUGAGCUGCAGAGCUGCAGAUCCAACAGGGUUGGUCUGAAUCCACCCAGAGCACAAACUCUCAACUCCUCACUCUCAACUCCUCACUCUCAACUCCUGAGCUGAUUAAACACUGUUCUAAAUCUCAGAAACUACAGCUGGAACAUGGAGAAGCUGCUGCUGUGGACGACAUUCCUCACUGCUGCUCUGAGUGCCGUGUGCUCCACUGUGCUUCAGAGAAGAAUGGAGUUCACUGAAGCUAUGAAUUAUCUAAAACAGUUUGGGUAUCUGGACACUCCACUGGAUCUGGAGGUGCAAGCACACUGGAGCGAUGAAGAAAUCAAAGAAGCUCUCAGUCUGUUUCAGAGGGUGUCAGAGCUGCCGAUCACUGGACAGAUUGAUGAAGCUACUAUUGGGCAGAUGAGGCAGCCUCGCUGUGGGGUGGAAGACCCUUUCAACCAAAAGUCCAUGAGAUACAGGACGUUCGGUGGAGUUUGGAGGAGGAGGAGCCUCACUUAUCGCAUUUAUAAUUACACCCCUGAUAUGGGAAAGGCAGCCACCCAGCGGGCCAUCCGUUCUGCCUUUAAGUACUGGAGUGACGUCACUCCCCUGAGCUUUAAGGAGAUCGACUACGGCCGUGCAGACAUCAGAAUCUCAUUCCAUACGAGAGAAGGCUGUCCCUCACCUUUUGAUGGGCCAGGUCAUGUGCUCGCUCAUGCAGAAGCCCCUACCUCAGGGAUUGUUCACUUUGAUGAAGAUGAGUUCUGGACAGAGGGCAAAUACUACGGCUCCAACCUACGCAUCGUGGCAGCCCAUGAGAUAGGCCACGCCCUGGGUCUCGGCCAUUCCCAGUAUAAGAGCGCUCUGAUGGCUGCACACUACACUGGAUACAAGGCCAACUUCAGACUGCACCCGGAUGACAUCAGAGGAAUCCAGGCGUUAUAUGGUAAAAGAAUCUCGGGUACGACCACAGAUGAAAAUAUUUUCACCUCACACCCAACAACCAACUCGCCUUUUCCCAGAAGAGAGGUUCCAGACCCAUGCGAUGCCAAACUGGACGCCAUAAUGCUGGGUCCCUGGAGUAAGACCUUUGCCUUCAGUGGAAACUACGUCUGGACCAUCACAGAUUUGGGACACAACCCUCCCAUUAAGAUCAACCAGCUGUGGAAAGGGCUGCCCGGGAACCUGAAUGCAGCUGUGUACUCUCAGAGAACCAAUAAAACCUACUUUCUAAAAGGUGACAAAGUAUGGCGGUAUACAAACUUCCAGCUUGACCUGGGAUACCCCAAAGAGCUGAGGAGGAUCCCAGCAAACAUCGAUGCAGCUCUGUAUUAUGAGAAGAACAAGAAAAUAUUCUUUUUAAAGGGCUCUGGUUACUGGCAGUGGGAUGAAAUGGCCUACAAUGACCUCAGCAUCUACCCCAAACCCAUCUCCCGCCUUUUCACCGGAGCCCCGUCCAGACCGGACGCAGCGCUCACAUGGACCAAUGGAAAGGUCUACUUCUUCAAGGGUGACAAGUACUGGCGCAUGAGUGACCAGCUGAUUGUUGAACCCGGUUACCCCCUCAGCAAGCGAGAGCGCUGGAUGAGAUGCAACCACUGAGCCACUAGAGUGCAGCAGAGAGCUGAGAACUGCAGUGAGCUCAGGAGGGCCUUCAGUGGCUGGAUGACUGACUGUGUGAGGGACAUUGUUUAGCAGAUGUUCAGCAAAUCUUCUGGGGUUUAGAAACGCAACCAACAUGAUGAUUAGAGCAUUCAUAUUGCGGCGUUAGGGAGCUGAGAAUGGACAAAGCUUCAGGUUCUCUUUUGAGAAGAGUACCUGUGCUCGGCUCCUGGGGUCUCAGCUCAGUGGUGUUAUUUACAUGGUCACUAAUUUCAGGGAACAAACUUCACAGAUUCAGUUUUGUUGAUGCACUGAGAAAGAGUUGAAAACACUUGAGAACGUUCUCGAUUUCUGUAUAAUAAUGUGUUUAUUGUAGCAAAACUCAUGUCAGCACCAAAAUCUGCCUAUGUAAAGAUGAUUAGGCUGAUAGAUGCUCAUCCCAGAGCUUUUCUUUAUAUUUCAGAGCAAGGAGCGUCUCACUGGGUUUAGUUUUACUCAGAAAUGCAGAGAAGCAGGGCAUUACAGAAGAGUUUGAGUUAUUAUUAUUAUUAGGUUCUUCUGAACCAUGAGGAAUAUCUCGUAAUAACCACAUUAUAGUUGAAACCACCCUAGAAACCACCCUAGCAACUACCUGGUAUAGUACAUGACCAUGCGGGGUCUGUAUGCAUGGUAGCUUUUACCUGGUAUAUCAAAGUAACCACCUAGCCAACAUUAGCUAACUUUAUUGCCUUAGCAAGUAGCUGGCGUUCCAAAGCAAACACCAGCAAUACUUUAGCAAAUGCUUUUGCAACCACCUAGAACACCUCAGGAACACCAUAUCACCCACUUAAAAUCAUCUUUCUUUCUUAUUAUAUUUCAGAAUCCACCUAAAAGAUAAUAGCAACAAAAUAGCAACCACGAGUUUUCUCUACGAGUUUUCCUUGUGAUCUCAGGAUAAGUUGAUAAAAAAAUAUUUUAUAUAAAAUUUUGAGAUAACGGGUUUUAAUUAUUAUUAACUCACAAUCUGUCUGAAUAUCCACAGAAACUUGUGUAAAGAAACAUUUUAAAUUUGUAAAAUGUUUUUGCUGUUGCAGGAGGUUUUGGUGAUGGCUUCAAAACUCAAAUGAAGCUUUAUUGUUUUUAAUUCUCUAUAUUAUUCUCUUUUCAUUAUCUCAGAAUUAUAAAAUAAACCACACCCUAUAAUUAAUCAUUUCAGGUUUGAUUUGAUACGUAUGUAUAAAUUUGUAGAAGAUGUUUACAUGUUUAACAACUAAUAAAUUUUACACAAAAGAA